AAGGUACAGUCUUGUGUAUGUGGAGCUAGCGCACACGCACCCAGUGCCACACACACAAACACACACACCCCAGCAGCAGCAUAAUCUUGCCUUUUCCAUGCCAUGCCUCUUUACGUGUUGCAACUGCUGAAAAGGAUUCAGGGAGAAACCUGCCAGCACUUCUGAUCUAUCUCUGAUGUUUUCUUGCUUCUGCUUCAGCAUCCAGGACCAUUCCUUCAACAGCCCUGCUUUGCCAGAGUGUGGCGAGGAUACAGAGUCUGUACAUGAAGACCAAACAGCCAGUUCCAUUCACAGAGAUGAAAACAAGGAAAACUACCCAGACAAAGCUAUAGUCUUAGAGGAAAACCAGGCAGUGUUCCAAGAUACCCAGACACCCUGUGAUGGCACAUUAAGGGUUGGAAUGGGGAACUUAAAAUCCAGAAAGCCCACAUCUAUUUCAAAAACAGAAAAUGGGAAAAAUCGUGAACAAAGUCAGGAGAUGGGAAAUGCAUUGCCGUGGCUCUCGGACUGUCAGAGGAAAACGGGAACGCCAGUGAAUGAUUACACCGAGAAUGUGGCAUUCAGAUACCAAGAAACAGUCAUCAAGUUGCAACCCAGGGCAGAUCAGAGUGCAUUCAUUUCACCAAAAGAUGCUACUGAACAUUUCCAGAACUUCAGUGAGAAUUCUUUGCUGAAGCUGCAGGCCCUUGAAACUGACCACUGCUCUGCAUUUCUGCCAAACCAGGAAGAAACGCCUCAUCUGCUAGCUUCAAAAGACCCAGUCACUUCAUCAGUCCCAACCAGCAGUGUGCAAGUUGAUGGGGAAAGUUACGGAGAGCCUGUACAAGUCUACAAAGAGGGUCAGAUUGAUGCAGACAAUGGACAUGAAGACCACCAUUCCUUAGGGACCAGCAGGCUGCUGUAUCACAUUACUGACGGAGAUAAUCCUCUGCUGUCUCCUCGCUGCUCUAUUUUUAGUCAAAGCCAGCGAUUUAAUUUAGACCCUGAAUCAGCUCCUUCUCCACCAAGUGCUCAGCUGUUCAUGAUGCCAAGAAGUUCCUCCAGAGGUAGUUGUGAUGACUGUAAAGAGCCACAGACGAUAGCACAAUUGACAAAGCACCUGCAAAGUCUUAAAAGGAAAAUCAGGAAAUACGAAGACAAGUUUGAGCAAGAAAAGAAUUAUCGGCCUUCUCAUGCUGACAAAAUAUCGAAUCCUGAAGUAAUGAAAUGGAUGAAUGACUUAGCCAAAAGUCGUAAACAGCUUAAAGAGCUGAAACUCAAAAUGUCAGAAGAGCAAAGCUGCCUCCUCAAAGCACCUCAAAGGAACCUUCAUCAGGAGAGCUCCAAAGAAACUGUGAAGCAGGACGCAGCAGGCGCUCCCCCGAGCCCAUCUGUAGAAGAAACCAUGGAUGCCGUGAUGAGACAUUUGAAUGAGAAGCGGCAGCAGCUCAGUAUCCCCGAAAACAUGAAGGCUAUGACAAAAAAGCAAAUGGCUUUGGAAAAACUCAGUCUCCAGAAAAGCCUACUCUAUUUUGAAAGUAUUCAUGGACGACCUGUAAACAAGCAAGAUAGGAGUCUGAUGAAACCCCUUUAUGAAAGAUACAGAAUUAUCAAGCAGGUUCUGUCAACACCAUCUCUGAUUACAACCAUUAUGUGCAUGCAGGCGAUUAAUUUGAUAACCCUCGUUCUGUGUUACAAGCAGGAGGAGGAAGAUUCCGAUGAAGAUCACUCCCAGAGCAGCUAUGAAUUGUCUUCUGCUGUCUCCCUUAAUUUGCCCCCUGAUGAAAAUCUGGGUUAUUCAGAUGAGGAGAAUGAGCCUGCUUUUGUAUCACCCUUGGAUGAAAAGAAAGCAAUCAAACAGCCUGCCCUGUCGAUGUCCAACUUGCAUGAGGCCACGAUGCCUGUGCUGUUGGAACACCUCCAAGAAACAAGAGCUGAUAAGAAAAGGCUAAGGAAACUAUUACGAGAAUUUGAGGAUCAGUUCUUUAAACAAACAGGAAGGAGUCCCCAGAAGGAAGACCGUAUCCCCAUGACAGAGGAGUAUUUGGAGUACAAGCACAUCAAAGCCAAACUCAGGCUGCUGGAGGUUCUCAUCAGCAAGCAUGACGUUUCCAAAACCAUCUGAAGCCUGGUGUUUUGCAAUAGUAAAACUCCCUGGUCUGGGAAAAGAAGAAAGAGAGAAUUAUACCUGCCUGGUUCUUUCUGCACAGUGGUUUGACACCUUGAAAUUCUGAUGCACUUUAUUAAUGUUCUACUGCUGCAGGUGAGCAAGAGAGCGAGAGAAAGGUGUGUGAGAAUGCAAAAAGGAGGAGUGAUUGGAUGGAGGGCUAACUCUUACCUGUGAGUUGUCUUUUGUUUCUGGAGCUGGUUUUCACAUGGAUGAGUCCCCCCCCCUUCAGUCAAAAGGAGGCAACCAUAUUGCACAUUCAGGAAGCUGGGUUGGGGGGCUGUCUCUUUCUCUCAAAGCUCCACUGCAACAUAUUUUCAGGCAGAUGGUGUUAAUUCGACAAUAUUCUGGAAGAACAAUGCAACUCUUCAAAGAGAGUAGGUUCCCCCCCCUUUUCCCCUUGGGCAGACAUAACCAGAGAAAACCAUAGGUAUGCUUGAAGUCUCUCAAGGUAUCCAAGAUGUCAGGGGCUCCUGAAGGAUAAAACCCCGUAGUACUAAAUCCGAGGCAAAUGAAUAAAAUUCUAGGCAAUUCUCCUAAACUUAACUCAGCUAGCAUUAUGAAUUGCUCUCUGCUUUCUGAUUGUUUGUUAUUUUGGUCUUUUUUAUUUGUGAGUUUUCAAUGUGUUAUCUCUGGAUUCACUGGGAUGGCCGGAAUGAAACCCAUCACUAAUGACUAGAGGAGACACACCAGUAAAGAGCGCUAUUCUUUUUGCCUGCUGGGCUGGGUAAAAAUUACAGGUCUUGCCAAAAAAUCUGUACUUUUUGAUCCCAGUUGAGUGCUGUAGAGAAAACAACAACAACAUAGUCCUGCAGGUAAAAACUUGUUCAGCAGUCCACAGGAACAUGGUUAGGUCAGUGUGCCCUGGUGGAGUCUGCACCCAAACACAACCACUAGUAAUAUCAAUAAGUUCACUCUAUAAUGCACGCUGACUUUCUUCAUAGAUGAAAUGUAGAAGCACCUGUGCUGAUAUGGGCACUCUUGAGAACACAACAGGCAUUCAAGGUGCAGGUCAUUAUCCAUCUUGCAUUGGGGAUCCUUGAUGCUCUGUUCCCCCUCCAAUAGUUAACAAAUAGGAACUGUCUAAAUUCCAGAGUCUGCUGGAGAUUCUUUUCAUCUAAGGUGUAUGCCACACUUCCUGAGGUGUUAGAGCCUCAGGAGAAGUGGGGGCAAGGUAGCUUCUGUAGAAUAUAGAGUUCAUUUUGAGAGAAUGAAGGAUGGUUCUGAUAAAAGCAGCAACCUAUCCUGGUGGAACAUACACAGGUUGGACUGUGUAGAUAGUACUUCUGGUUCCAACAUGCUUCAGGCUGUACUUAUGGUGAGUAGGAAUGCUAUUUUUUAGGCGCAAGAAAUGCAAGAACAAUAAUGGCUCAAAGGGGAAGCACGGUAAAACCCUUAAAUACCUAGCUUAGGUAUACCUACCUACAUUGGCAGGCAGAGUGGUCUCCCUUUCUGCAUCCUUGAGGUAAGUUGGGGAAGUGUUCACAUUUGGGGGAGAAACUUUUUACGAGUUUGAGGCAGGGACAGGAGACAAUAUGGUCUGAGCCAAAGGUAGCCAACAGAUGUUUUGGACUGCAGCUCCCAUCACCCUUUAACAUUUGCCACGCUGGCUGAGGCUGAAGAGAGUUGUAGGCCACAACAUCCAGAGGGCAUUACAUUGAACACCCCCUAGUCUGAGCUGGGAGCCUCUGUAAACAGCUCCCAGGGCUUGUGUGUAGGUGGAAUCCUGUGCUAGAAUAAAAAUAUCCAUUACUUGUAACAACGGCUGUGUUUGUAACAACGGCUGUGUGUGUGUAUGUGAGUGCUAUAAUUCCAUGCAAGCUACAGAAAAGCUCAACAUAUGCUGGGUACAGAGUUCCACUUCCUGAGAAUUUUCUUGCUAAAAAUAGGAAGACAGCUCCUAGCUCCGAUGUUUGCAAAGGCAUCCUUGUGAAAUCGUGCAGGCAAUGCUUAGUGAAAUGUCAGGAGCCAGCGUGGUUAGUGUCAGCAAGAUUUGCAGUGAUGGGAUUUCAGGGCUCUUCAUGGCUUCUUCUCUAACCCCAUUAUUAAAUUGUGCAAAAAGUUAAAAGAAGAAGAAAGAAUUGUGGAGUUAUGCACGUACAGUAAGAUAAAUUGUGGCUAUUUGCAUAAGAUUAUACAGGUUAUAGAAUCUGGCUUACCCUGUUGUAGAAUGACCACUGAUAUAGCACAGAGCCCACGCUACCCUCCCUGUUUUCCCUGCCCAGCAGACGCCCAUGUGGUCAUUGUGUAAAUUGCAACUAUUCCCUCUGGACCCCCCAGGUCAGUGAAAGUUAAAGGGGCAGUCUGGACAAUCUUUUCCCCACAGUGUAGCGGAUAUGCAGAUCCAUCCCAAGUUCCUAACAUGCUGGCAGUAGUCUCUGAGGAAGAGGGCUGGACAUUGCAAAUGCCACUUUCCUCACAUGAAAAUGGUGGGACAGGAACAUCAAGCCAGAACCAGCUCACCUCAGGGUGAGAUAGGUUUGGGAUUCACUUGGUAGCCCUGAUCCAAUUGCAUUCUGACAAACUGGAAAGUUUUGCUUUAAUCCAAUUUGUUUUAAGGACAUUUAAAGGGUUAAUGCUACAGUGACUCUUGUACAGAAUUAAUCCUUUAAAUGCUGUACUUCCAGCCUCUGGCUGGUGUGUUUAGAGUGAAAAGGCAACAAGAUGUAAGCUGAAUGAUAAAUACAAAUAAAUUUCAAAGUCUUCAGUCUGUGAGGUGUACGUACACACACACACACAGAGAGAGAGAGAGAGAGGGAUUCUGACAUGCUAAAUCUCUCACAUGCAACUGCCUCACUUCCUGGAAUUGGGCUUUGUUGCUGCCCAUUCUUGAGUCAUAUUGCACAAGGAGGGUGCGUGAGUUGAAUGGAAGUUCAAGAGCAGCACUUUGGGAGAGGUUUGAGAAGGGUUCCUUCUCCUGUACUUUUCAUAGAAGCCCCCAGUUUUUCAAAGUUGUCAGAAGGGCUUUUCUCUUCAACGGCUUCUUCCUCUUACCAUGGCAACAGACCAGUGGAAACAUGGCUUGGUGCCCGUGCCAGAGGUAGAGGGCAGGCAGGAAGCUGGGUAAGACACCCCUUAGGCCUGCCUCAUAGCAGUCCCAUUGGAUGCUUCUGCCUUCCUCUAGCUCCAGAGAUAAAGCAGGGAGGGAGAGUUGCAGAUGCUUCAGAGUGCACUAGAAAGAAAAAUCCGGGGUCAAGAAAAGCUGCAGAAAUUCAACACUUUCAGGUUCAGUCUGCAAGGAGAGCAGACGUGGGUUAUGAGGAAGUCCACUGCCAAGUCCGAUUUUGGCGAAACUAGACUCCAUCCCUCUGCUGAGACAUCCUUUUUUUGUGCUGGAAAGCCGGGGAGAACGAGCGAGCUGCGCUUGGUUGUUCCUUCUUAUUGGACUGCUUUUGAAGAGACAGGCUCUCCUCAAUUGAAAUAUGCUUAUUGGAAUCCUAUCUCUGCUGAAGGCAGGAGACUGACUUAGGCUUUGGAGGAUGGCUUGCCAGCUUCCUGAAUUUGCACAACACUACAUACUUUUGGCCAGGGAGGGAGGGAGGAAGCCAGCUAGGUGUGGGUACCUGGCUUGCCAGGGAAGACCAGGUUUCUCUUUGAAGUGCACUAUGUGGAAAGUUGCAGAAUGAGAGAAGAAAAGCAGGGGAAAGAGGAGGACCACCUUUCCUCAUUGUACCUCCUCUUCUCUCCCCACCACCCAGCCAUGAUUUUUGGCGUUAAGGAGCUGGUUCUAAGUAUAGCUGAGUUGGCAGAUGCCCACUUCAAGCCAAAGGGCUGUGAUGGUCGCUGCCUAGCUCUCACGACAGCUUGGGUGGGGUGGGGACUAAGGGUGUGCAUGUGUGUGAUGCUUGCUGCUUUCUAUUGCCCCCAAAGCCAAUACGCAGGGAGAGCACCAUCCCACCCCCAUCAUGGUCCUCGAAACUGUGAAGGAGCAGUUCCCCCUUUAGUUAAAGGGUCCUUCAGGGGGUCGGAUUAGGCUUGAAGCUCCCUCCUUCCCAUCAGCCCAUCUGCUUGCCUCCAACUCACAUUGUUCCUUCUUGCUGCUCCUCACCCAGAGCCACUCUUGCCCGCUUUCAUCUCUUUGACUGCGCCUUUGUGGAGACCGAACAGUGGUGGGAAAGAAGUGGGUGGCCCCAGAAAGAUGGCGCUUGCGUUCCUGGCUGUGCAGGGGAGGGAAUCCUCUCAAGGGAGAAAACGGGUCCUUCGGGGAGAGCCCAAUUUCUCUUCAGUGUUAGGCCCCAGACUAAAGGGAAGUAAGUGGCAGCCCACUUUGCUUCCCUUCAGUGUAGCGGCCAGUGCCAGCCAGCUGAAAGAAAUGUGCCUGUGGCCUGUUCGUGGUUGCCAGGGCUCCAUAGCAGUACAGGGCAACAUCUACGUGCAGCCUUCAGCCCUCCAUGGGUUUGGAAGGGGUAUUUUAAAAACAUCCUGUAAGGUUUGUCCCCUCUAGCUGCAGAGUCCCACCUGAGGCCUACCCCAGGUUCCAUUUUGGGGCCAGCUUCUCUGCGUGCAGGACACACACAGCCCUUUAUUAAUAGGAGUAAUGACGUAAUGAGCUGGCUUGACUCUUCUUUAUUUUACUAACAGAAUGCCAUCCAGGUUUGUGAGAGUAAUGAAUGAUGCCGAGAUGGGGAGAGAAUCAGCUGCAGUAGAGCACAUGCUCAUUUGCUGUUUUAGGGAUGACUCCAAACACCAUGAGGUUUGCUUUGGGCUUUAGUGUGUCAGCUUGAAUCUUCAGACCCAGGCUUUUAAGAUCUUGCUGUCUCUAUCUAACUAUAUUCAUACCCAUUAAUAGUCACUUAUUUAAAAAGUGAUAGUAUAAUGGACUGUUCUGGCUUCUGUUCUAUUUUAAAAUUAGACUCACCUCUGUUUCCAGCUCCAAAUCUCUUUAGAUUAAUGUGUUUCUGAUGGGCAGAACAAUCCUGUGGGGAAGGGAGAGGGAGAAACUGAGGCAGACGAACCACCUUUUCGUAAGCCCAUUGGUUCAUGCUGGCUGGGCAAAGGUGAGGACACACAGCUGGUUUUUGGUUAUGUAGGAGACUGCCUUAUACUGAAUCAGACCAUUCAUUCACCCUGCUCUGCAUUAGCUAUACUGACUGGCAGCAGCUCUCUGGCAAUUCAGUGAGGGUUGUCUCCCGGCCGUAUCUGGAGAUGCCGGGGACUGAACCUGGGACCUUCUGCAUGCAAAACAGAUGCUCAGCCACUGAGCUACAGUCCUGCACUUGGUCUUCGGAAGUCAUUUGCCUUUUCUGAAACUUCAUCCUUUCAUUGCUCCCAGUGGGAGGAAAAUCAUGGCAGCUCCAGAACUGCUGUUUCCACUCCUCCCCAUUCAAGGGGGCAUUUCAGGGCUUUAGAUCCCGCAGAUCCACCACCUCAUCUACUACGCUCUGGCAUUUUCCCCUUUUGCCCUUUCAGACAUCCAGUGUUGGAGAAACACCAGCGCUGACCUUUCCAGGUAGGAGGCUUGCAUGGGCAGAGGUCCUUCUCUGAGGGUGGCCUUCUAUCCCACCUAAAGAUCUUUUAAAAAAAACAUGGAUUUUAAUAGGUAGAGAGGUGAACUGUUGUACUGAUGACAGGGUUUCCACACCCUGCUUAUGAGCACUUAUGGCAAAGGAGUUGGCCAAUUAAUUUUUUCAAACUUUAUCUCUGACGUGAGCUUUGGAAUGCAAAAUACCAGGGAGCUCCUGCCUGUUGAAGAAAAUAGUUACCAGAGGCAGGGCUACUCUGUGCAUUGCCCAACAGUCGAAUCUUUUGAAUAGUUUCAAGUGUUGAGUCGAAACUACUUUCCUCUGUGUUUUUGUGAGUGAGUCCCAUUUUAUCGUCUUUAUGCAUUCAUUAUGAGCACACAUUGUUUCAAUUAUUCGGAAGCAAAGACCGUAGCAUAUCUUAAGACACAGGUAUGAUGAUCCAUGCUGUUUACAGGUAACAUUGGACAUGGCCCUAUUUUACUGCUGUAAUUUUAAAUCAAUACCCCAUUUUGGCAAACUCACACAGCCUGGCCAAUGGCAUUUGGCCCAUGGUGCGUGUGGCCCAUUAUCCCAUUUCUAGAGCAUCGUGCUUUCCAAGGAAUUACUGUGUCCACUGAGAAUAUAAUGCUUGCUGCAUCAAGCCAGUUCUUGAGCUGGAAUUCAUUGAGGCCUUUGGAUAACAUUAGUGGAGGGUUUUCUACAUGCCACUACAAAACUCAGAGUGGGAGAGGCUACCACUCUCUCUGGUGUUGCAGACAGGAGUGGUGGCUGCCUGCUGCCUGAACAGCCACAAUGCUCUUCACUAGUUGUGAUGUUGAGUAUACAUGCGCUAAAGCUGUGGGUUUCAAGGAAUGCUGGGGUGGUUUUUUCGAAGCUUAUUGGGGGAUUCCUCAGUAAGAUCAGUAAUGUUAGGCAAGUAACCCUGCAAGUGUGUCCAUCACUCUUAUUCUCCCCCCUACAAGAUGCACCCAGAAUUUGUGCCACUCCAAAUGAAGUCGUAAGAUUGGUAGGACCGGUGCACCAAUUAUAUUGUGAAACUGGCUAUUACCAUGCCACUCCUCCUCUCUAAUUAUAAUGCUUACUGUAGUUCUGGUGCCCUUUCAGAAGCACUAGCUACAGAUGCCUGCAGCAUGUUGCUGGAGCCAGGAAGAGGUUAUCCACAGCCUGAGCCCUUAACUCACAGAGCUAAGCAAAAUAGCUUUAGGUAAUGUUAGAACAAAGCUGUAAAAAUAAUUUUAUUUUGAAAAUAUAACAUCUUUUCAGGGAGAAAAGGAAAAUGCUAAAUCUGGUUUUUAGGGGGAAAAUAUUUAAGACAGAAAAGAGCAGCUAGUAAAACUACAAGGCAAUGUAAACCUACUCUAUCCUCUUGUGGAAAAUGGCAAGGAUACAUUGGUUGAUAGUAACCAAACUAAAACAAAAUGAAGCAAAGUCAAUGACGGCACAUGCCAAUUCUUGUUUCUGUAGCACUUUUCCUUAGCCCAAUGCUAUAAAAUUUUGCUUUUUUUUCUGACAACCAAAGCUUGUUUGAAAGCAUGCACUUUGUAGAACCUUAACAUUUCCUGUGUGAUGAUUGCCAAGAUAAUUUAUUAAAAUAGUGAUAAUAGUUUAUUGCAUCAUGAUAUUUUGGAUAGAUCAAUGUAUGCAGAAUAUUUAGUCUAAGUGUCAUGGUAAUAAACUGAAGGAGGCUGGGCUUCUUUUUUGGUUUACUAUGAUAUAUACAUGGAUAUAUCUCCCAUCUUGCUGUUUAACACACCUUUAUAAUGAAGAGACAUUUGCAAUAGAUCACUUAUGAGGGGUGCAUGAAAUCAGUGGGAGAUGGACCAUCAGCAAGCUUGCAUUGCUCACUAGCAAAUACAGGCUUAAUGGCAAAGAAGUUCCAAGAAAGAAUUCCAGAUGGAGAUAUGUAUUGUCUUUAGUGUUUUUUGUUUUGUCAUUUUGUAUUAAGGACAUGAAAACCGAGGGCAUAAUCCUUAGUCUUCCAGCACUGCAUACAUAACCGGGAGGGGGAUCCAGUCAUUCAUGGUGCAUUGCUCCUAAUUUGGGGCUCAACUAAACAUGAGCUUAACAGCAUAGUUCUGCCUUUGGAUGCCAGGUUUUCCUUUAAUAAGCUGCCAGCAUGGGGUGGGGUGGGGAUGAUCAUCUAUGGCAGAACUGUGCAGUUAAGGUCACAAGCAGUUUGGGUCGGGGGGGGGUGAACUGUGAGGACCAGCAGUGGGAAGCUUUACCAGAAGCCUGUAGGAAUCCCCUCUGUGCAAACAGAGCUGAAGACAAAAGAUUGUACCUCAGCUCUUCUGCUUCUCUGUUACUAUAGCAAAAAGUUACUCAUUUUAUGAAGCCGAUUAUUAUCCACCAAACCUGUUUUUGUAUUUCUGCUAUAUGUAAUGUUGAAGCAUGAUUUUUGGAAAAAAAAACUUUCAAAAGAAUCUGACGGCAUCGUGUCACACUGCUAACCUAAGUGGACUCUUUUUUUUAACGAUGUUUGAUGUUUCAAUGUAAUUGGCUCGAUCGCUUACGACUUUUAUGAAUCAGAAUGGUCUCCUUGAUAAAUCUGUUUUUAAUUAAAAGUCAUGUAAGAGCAACAUGAACAGAUACACAAGAAUUUGAAGUUUACAAACUACAUAUUUGAUAAGGAAAAAAAAUGGUUUCAUGACAUAUGUAUACAGUUGCUAUU